AUGUCGACGACGAUCUCUAAGGGAAAGGGGAAAAGCGUACCAUCUUCAAAUUGGCUGAAUCUUCAAAAGCAACUAGCAAAAACCGAAAAGAAGGAAUACCACUCUGUCCAAAAGGGUGCAUCAAAGAAGCGACGAAAACUAGAUGGCGCCUCGACUGAAAACAAAUUUUCGAAAUUGUAUAUCACAUCGAACGAACGAGAGUCUUCGACCUUUUCACAAGUGCCAGAAGCCAGCGGAUCUUCUAGCGCUGCUGUCAAAAAUGGGGAAUCAACUUCAUCAUUACAGCAGAUGAUACUUGGCCACACUGAGUAUACCGAGAGUCAGAAACUACCAGGAAAAUACCUCGCAUUGGAUUGUGAGAUGGUGGGUGUGGGUAUAGAUGGCGUCGAGUCUUCCCUUGCCCGUGUGAGCUUGGUCAAUUUCUACGGCGCGGUUAUUUUGGACGAAUUCGUUCGCCAGAAAGAGCGAGUUGUUGACUAUAGAACACAGUGGAGUGGCAUAAGAGAGUCUGAUAUGGUGCACGCAAAACCUUUCGAGGAGGUUCAGAAGAAAGUGGCGGAUUUGUUGAAGGAUAGGAUAUUGAUCGCACAUGCCGUUCAUAACGACUUGAAGGCACUAUUACUGUCACAUCCAAGAUCCCAAAUACGUGAUACCCAAUUCUAUGCAUACAAAUUUGGGCUCUGCAAGACCAAACGCGUCGCUCUUCGCAAUCUUGUGAAACAAGAAGUCGGCCUUACCAUUCAGAGUGGUGAGCACUCUAGUAUCACGGAUGCGCGUGCCACAAUGGCUGUUUAUCGUUUACACAAAAAGGAAUGGGAAAAAGGCAGCCGACCCCAACCUGUAGGAGUGCAUGCCGCCUCCAAGGCCGCAUCAUCGAAGCGAAAAGCGCCCUCACAGUCUGGAUCUGAUGAAGAAGAGGGCGGCGACGGCGGCGACGACGACUCGAGUGACAGUGAAGCACAUUCACGUAGAAAACCCUCACCAGCACUUGUCAAGCCUGUACUGAAAGGGAAGAAUACCCCUAAAGAAUACCCUGGAGGCGGAAGGAAAGGCGUUAGUUCAGGUUUAUCAACAGUCAUCCGUCGCGCGGGUGAAAAGACGAAAGCUGGUGGUGGCGUUAUUGAUAAAGCGACUGUUAAGACAGAAUGGUGGAAGCAAUUGCCAGGCGGUGUUUCUUCUGGUGGUUCCAAGGGUUCUGUAAGCAUUGUAUCGAUUUUUGUUGAAGUCUCGGAUAUGAAACAAAGCUCACAAGCCACUAUCAAUGAACUUAUCGCGGGAAGUGUUGGAGGUGCAGCGCAGGUCUUAGUCGGGCAGCCUCUGGAUACAAUCAAGACUCGGGCUCAGAUUGCACCCAGUUGA